GAAACUUGGAAGAGUGAGGUCCAGAGAAUCCCUAUCCUAUUAAUUUCCCCAAUGGACAAAAACAUAACCAAGUUUCAAUUUCUCGUUGGCUUAACGGAAUUUCAGUUAAGCUACAUUUCCCUCUUCACUCUCCACUCUCCAUUUUCAACCAACCACUACUGCUUCUACUUCUUCAUUCCAUGUCCAUUCAAGCUUUUCUCGCCUCUUCUUCCUCUUCAUUCCACUCCCACCUUCACCAUUCUUCCACAACUGCAUCUCCAUCACUCCCUGCCGCACGGUGGUUCCGAUCAUACCCUUCGAAGAAGUCUCUGAAGCUGAAUUGCAGUUCAAAUGGCAAUAGCGGCGACCAGGAUUAUUUGCUGGAUGCUCCAGAAUCUGUUGGAGAUGGAUUCUCUUUUAGUGGAGGAAAAUAUUCAGAUGGGCCGAGUCCAAGUGAUGAUUGGUUUAAGCAAGGGAAAAUGAUUAGAGCCUAUUCCAAUGCUGGCACCAGUGAAAAGGCAAAAGAUCCAAUUUUUGGGCUCACUAUGGGUGCUAGCUCUCAAUCUUCUGGUAAUAGUUUCAGAUGGUUUUGUGUUGAACGCGGAAGUGCUGAUAAUCCUUCAGUGAUAUUAAUCCAUGGUUUCCCUUCACAGGCAUAUUCUUAUCGUAAAGUUCUUCCAGUACUCUCCAAGGACUAUCAUGCCAUAGCAUUUGACUGGCUAGGAUUUGGGUUUUCUGAUAAGCCUCAACCUAAAUAUGGGUUUGACUACACACUAGAUGAAUAUGUAUCAUCAUUGGAGUCACUUAUUGAUGAACUGGCUGUUACUAAAGUCUCACUUGUUGUCCAGGGAUAUUUUUCGCCAGUCGUAGUUAAGUAUGCAAGCAGUCACCAGGAAAAGAUAAACAACUUAGUACUCCUUAAUCCACCUCUAACAGCCCAACAUGCCAAGCUUCCAUCAACGUUGUCCAUAUUCAGCAACUUUCUGCUAGGUGAAAUAUUUUCACAGGAUCCCUUAAGGGCUAGUGACAAAGCUCUGACAAGCUGCGGCCCGUAUAAAAUGAAAGAAGAACAUGCAAUGGUCUAUAGAAGACCCUAUCUCACAUCUGGUUCUUCAGGCUUUGCACUAAAUGCAAUUAGCAGGACCAUGAAGAAAGAACUCAAGGGGUAUGUGGACAAUAUGCAAACAAUACUUAAGGACAAAAACUGGAAAGUUCGAACCACAAUAUGUUGGGGCCAAAGAGACCGCUGGUUGAGCUAUGAUGGAGUGGAAGAUUUCUGCAAGGAUUCCAACCAUACACUUAUUGAGGUUCCAACGGCUGGUCAUCAUGCGCAGGAAGAUUGUGGUGAAGAACUUGGACAACUUAUUUAUAAGAUACUAAGCAAAAGGAAAUAGAUCUGAGGAUAUUUUCUCAGUGCCUCUUGAUAUGAGAAUAAAGGUCACACUUGGAUUGUUGGUUACUAAAAACUCGAUCCAUGCGAGUCUUGGAUAGUAGAAAGAUACCUAUUUGUUUUUGUAUAAAGAAACUAUUGGAAGGUCAAUUCAAACUAUUGCACGUUUAAAUUUAAGUGUACAGUCAAAGCUCAUGAUAUAUUCUAAA